AUGGCCGACGCUCUCUGUGGCCCUUCCAACCCGCUCCAGAAUCUGCAGAAACAUACUCAGGUCGAUAGGACCCUCCAGCAGGAUCGUCUCGGCUUCCGUACCGCCGAUCCCAGAGCCGGUUCUCUCGAUGCCGACUUCUAUGCCUUUGAGAACGCCGCGCCGAGCCCCUUUCAGCACGCACCGCCAGAGUUCGCCAAUGCCUUUCCUACCACUGCCUUUUCUUCUCCCCGGCCCUCGCUUGGACCGGCUGGAUGGGCCGCUGAUUUCCAGCGUCUGAACCUCCACGACCAGCCCGUCCCUGCAGGUCAAUUCCGCACCGAAGCGCCGCUCGUGAAGUCUACAAUCGGGGGGUGGCAAAAUGAGUUCAUGCGGCAGCGCUCAGGUAUGGCGUCGCCCGUGGCGCAGGGUAAGCAGGCCGUACGAGAACCGAUACAGAUGAACAUGAACGCAAACGCAUCGUACAUGGGUUACUCGUCCAUGGCGCAGCAGGCGUACGGCAGCGGGAUGUACCAAGACGGAGGGUUUGAACAGCAACAAAUGCCAGGAAUGUCCAUGGAGCAACAACAAGUCCCCAUGUCCGAUGUCGACUUCGACGCGGCGUUCCAAGAGGCCGUCGCGCACGCCCAAGAAAUGGACCAGCUACGACAACAGACGAUCCAAGUCUCCGAAACGGUCGCCGAGUCGGCAAUGACGACGGACCAAAUGGAACCCGCGCGCAAGAUCGGGUCCGAUGCAAUCGAGUACCGCGAGCGGGCGGAGCGUACCGAGGACCAACACUCUCGCGACGCCGACGAACUGGCCCGCACAGCCGGGCAGUUGCUGACGAGCGUGCAACACGACACCAGCGACAAGUUCCAAAACUCGCAGUUUCUGGAUCUCAUGCGUCGCAUCCGCGACAGGCAAGUCGAGGUGGCCAACAACGAUCUACAGGACGUAUCUACAGGGCAAGCGGCGACUUCGACUGCGGCGUUGUCGGACUCGAUGCAGCCCGAAUCGCAGCAACCACAGGCCCAGGGAGAGAGGGAAUCAACGCAUCAGCAGCAGCAGCAGCAGCAACAAGAACCGCCAUCGCAUUUCGAGUUUCCAGACAUGGACGUCGUCUAUGCGGUGGGGGAAACGAGUCGUCAUUCUCCCUACACAAAUCACGGGCUGUUCGACGACGGAAGCGGAUCCGUGCCCGUCGUCGCAAUGCAGCCACGUCGCCAGGUUGACGACAUCCACCCGGGCGGGAAAUGGUAUCCCGACUUGAGUCCGCAGAUGAGGACGGUGCCGCUCGCGUCGCGUGAGGACGACGACGGCGGGAGUCUCGAGAGGAGGAUCAGCGCGAGCGAAUUCGAUUACGUUGAUGAAAGCGCCGGGUUGGCCAGACGGUUUUCCUAG